AUGCGCAGUCAGGUCCUGCUGGGAGCAGCUUGGCUUUGCGCAUCACAGGCUUUUGAGACAUGUGGGUCUUGUGAACGUUCAGAGUUGGAGGAGUAUGCAAAUUUAGAACCAGAUAAUCAUGAAUUCGGGAGAAACUGUAUGGUAGAGAGCUGCUGUGCAAAUAAAGAAGAUGAAGUGAAGAAAUAUGAAGAAGGUGAUCAAAGUACCUGCUCUGAGGCAAAUCAUAGCCUCAACAGAACUGACCUUGGAGUAAAUGCUUUUGAGUUUCAUGGCGGUGGUAAUUAUAUCUUUAAUUAUCGAAUCAGAUCUCACCCUGAAUAUAAACCAUACCAGUAUAAAGAACAUAGAGUAACCUGCAGUUCACCCUCUUAUAUAAAAUAUCUUUCAAAUACUGUCAAUGGGGAAAAAGUUUGUAAAUGUGAGGAUUGUGGAAAAACCAAGGAUAGUUCCUCACUACUCACUAAAUACAUGAGAACAACUCCCAGUGAAGAGAGGCCUUAUGAAUGUAAAGAAUGUGAAAAAGCUAUUAGUCUACACUUGUCAUUAACUCACCUUACAAGUACUCAUAGUGGAGAGAGGCCUUAUGAAUGUAGGGAACAUGAGAAAGCCUUUUGUCAUGCCACAGCCCUCACUAAACAUACAAGAAUUCAUAGUGUAGAGAAGCCUCUUGAAUGUAAGGAAUGUGGGAAAGCCUUUAGUUGUUCCUCAAAGAUCACUGAACAUAGAAGAUCUCACAGUGGAGUAAAGCCACAUGGGUGUGAGGAAUCUGGAAAAGACUUUUAUCUUCGCACACAGCUCACUCAACAUAAAUUAACACACAGUGGAGAGAAGUCUUUUAAGUUCAAUGAGUGUGGAAAAACCUUUAGUCACUCGUUAGUCCACAAGGCACAUAAAAAAUCUCAAGGUGGAGAGACACCUUAUGAAUGUAAGGAAUGUGGGAAAGUCUUCACUCAUGCUUCAUCACUGACUACUCAUAUAAAAAUUCACCAUGGAGAGAACCCUCAUAAAUGUAAGGAAUGUGGAAUAGCCUUUAGUUGUUUCUCAAAGCUCACUGAACAUACAAGAUCUCACAGUGGAGUAAAGGCCUAUGGAUGUGAGGAAUGUGGGAAAGCCUUUCAUCUUCAGACACUGCUCAAUCAACAUAAGAGAACACACAGUGAAGACAGGCCUUAUGAGUGUAAGGAAUGUGGGAAAGCCUUCAAAUACUCCUCAGUCCUCAAAGUACAUAAAAGAAUACACAGUGGAGAGAAGCCUUAUGAAUGUGAUGACUGUGGAAAAGCCUAUCUUCACUCCUCACACCUCUCUGCUCAUAAACGAUCUCACAGUAGAGAGAGGCCUUAUGGAUGUAAGAAAUGUGGGAAAGCCUUUAUUACAUCCUACAAACUUACUCAACAUGUAAGAUCUCAUCUUGUAGAGAAACCUUAUGAAUGUAUGGAAUGUGGGAAAAGAUUUACUCAAUCCUGUAGCCUUAUUAAACAUAAACGAUCUCACACUGGAGAGAAACCUUAUAAAUGUAAAGACUGUGGGAAAGCCUUUAUUUGUUCCUCAAGGCUCACUGAGCAUACAAGAACUCACAGUGGAAUAAAGCCAUAUGGAUGUGAGGAAUGUGGGAAAGCUUUUCAUCUUCGGACACAGCUCACUCAGCAUAAGAAAACACACAGUGGGGACAGGCCUUAUGAAUGUGAUGACUGUGGAAAAGCCUUCAAAUGUACCUCAGGCCUCAAAGUACAUAAAAAAAUACACAGUGGAGAGAAGCCUUAUAAAUGUGAUGACUGUGGAAAAGCCUUCAAAUGCACCUCAGGCCUCAAAGUACAUAAAAAAAUACACAGUGGAGAGAAGUCUUAUAAAUGUGAUGACUGUGGAAACGCCUUCAAAUACUCCUCAGGCCUCAAUGUACAUAAAAAAAUACACAGUGGCGAGAAGCCUUAUGAAUGUGAUGAAUGUGGAAAAUAUUCCAGUAGUGGCCCUGAGAGUCCCAGAACACUAGAUGUCAAUUUUCCGCAGACGGUUGACUGA